AUGUCCAACAGCAGCUCCAUCACCCAGUUCCUCCUCCUGCCGUUCACAGACACACGGGAGCUGCAGCUCUUGCACUUCUGGCUCUUCCUGGGCAUCUACCUGGCUGCCCUCCUGGGCAACGGCCUCAUCAUCACCACCAUAGCCUGGGACCAGCACCUCCACACCCCCAUGUACUUCUUCCUGCUCAACCUCGCCCUCCUCGACCUGGGCUCCAUCUCCACCAUUGUCCCCAAAUCCAUGUCAAAUUCCCUCUGGGACACCAGGGCCAUUUCCUAUUCAGGUUGUGCUGCGCAGGUCUUUCUGUUUUUGUUUUUCAUUUCAGCAGAGUUUUAUCUCCUCACCAUCAUGUCGUACGACCGCUACGUUGCCAUCUGCAAACCCCUGCACUACGGGACCCUCCUGGGCAGCAGAGCUUGUGUCCACAUGGCAGCAGCUGCCUGGGCCACUGGGUUUCUCAAUGCUCUGCUCUACACGGCCAAUACAUUUUCACUGCCCCUGUGCAAGGGCAAUGCCCUGGGCCAGUUCUUUUGUGAAAUCCCCCAGAUCCUCAAGCUCUCCUGCUCACACUCCCACCUCAGGGAACAUGGGCUUAUUGUGGUUAGUGCCUGUUUAGCAUUUGCGUGUUUUGUGUUCAUAGUGGUGUCCUAUGUGCAGAUCUUGAGGGCCGUGCUGAGGAUCCCCUCUGAGCAGGGACGGCACAAAGCCUUUUCCACCUGCCUCCCUCACCUGGCCGUGGUCUCCCUGUUUGUCAGCACUGCCAUGUUUGCCUACCUGAAACCCUCAUCCAUUUCCUCCCCAUCCCUGGAUCUGGUGGUGUCAGUUCUGUACUCAGUGGUGCCUCCAGCAGUGAACCCCCUCAUCUACAGCAUGAGGAACAGGGAACUCAAGGAGUCUAUAAGGAAAGUGAUGAAUGUUUGCUUUUCAAAAGCAGUAAUGAACUGACCUCCUGCUUCUGCAUGUCACUUGUAAUAUAACUCAUACCAGUUCAACCUGAGUUUUGUACGUUGUUUUUUUUUUUUCUUUGGUUUUAGGUAUUCUUUCUUGUAUUAAUGCUACCCACAACCAAAAUUAUUUUUCAUCUUAUAUCUGUGUCCAUAUCUACCUGUCUGGUGUGACCCGUUGUCUUUUUCUAAAUAAGGAGCUGUACUCUCUGUGUGUAUAAAUGAAAUAAAGGACCCCGCACUGACUUGUUUGCCCAGAAUCCUCUCUCUGGGAUCUCUGGGGCUGCAGGAGCCAUGUCUGUGUGCUGAGGGGGAGUGAGCAGGACCCACCCUGAGCUGGGUCUUCCUCCCACCCUGACCAAUGUGAAUCUGUGGACUCAACCCAUGGCCCUGGGCACCACAGCCCACUUGCUCUGCAGUUCGGAGCUGUAUGGAGCGUGGGAAGGGGGGCAGGAACAGCUGGCCAGGUCAGCAUAGCUCAGCUCUCUUGGGAAAGGGCUCUGUGG